CGGGCUGUGGCAAAUUUGCUGGCACCUUGGGUACAAAUCUCGGUGAGUCAUGACGUGUUUUUCGUUGCUCCGGUGAUCUCUGGUUCUUCAACACUUUUCCCUGCUUUACAAAGUAGAAGGAAAAGGAUAAUCGAUAUUCGUCCUUACGCGAAGAGAGUGCGUUUUGUAAUCCGUCCUGCCCAGAGGUUUUUUUUGGUUGGAACAGCGCGCUGAAAACAGAGGGUAAAUUUUGCAUUGCAGGCGCAUCGUAGGGGCCACAAUUGGAACGACGGUCCGCCAUCUUGUCGAAACGCAGAGGAAAAUAGAAUAAAGCAAUCGUCGUGGAGGACUGUUGCUGGGGGCGGAUAUCGAUUCCCAAAGAGAAAGAGAGCAAAAAAAAACGAAGCAACAAACCGCCAUUGACUGACGCAGUUGAUUAACGUGCUUUAAAAUCGCCACAAAGCGAGAGACAUUAUUUGGAGAGAAAUUCAUAAUAGCAAAUAUAUAACUGUUGCCAUAGAGAGUGUGGUUUUUCCCCUUUGUUACCGAUGGCGAAGGUCGCCCCUCCGUACACGAGGAAGGUCAUUGUAAUACGGUGCGAGCGAUAACUGAAAGUAGUGCAUACGAGGAAAGCAUACGCACGCAGUUAUUUUCGACGUAAUCAAUCAUUUUACUGGCAUCAUCUCCGUGCCUCGCCAUCAGCUACAUCGAUCGUUCCCGUACAACCAUAACAAUUACACGUAUAUGACUAGAAAUCAUUGCUCGUGCGGUCAUAAAUACACAUGAGACGUGGCGUUCAAAAUCGUACAUUUUGCCGCGAAAUUGAAGGAUGCAAGCAUCGGUAGGUGGUACAGAUGAUAAAUAAAAGGAAGGUGGUUUUUCUUCUCUUGGAAAAUUACAAAAAAAAAAACAAUCCGAUUAGAAAGCUUUGAAUAGUACAAAACCUAAACAUUACACCAGCAAAUCGACAACGGCUUCAAGAUGCCGCGCAUCGAUCCGAUGAAACUGUUGGUAUGCUUGAGCGUGCUGCUCGCACCAAACGGAGGCAUACGAAAUGCAGGCGAAGUGAGGCGAUUGGCAAAUUUGAUGGCCAAGUUUUCGAAAAAAUUGGUCUCCAAAGCCAUUUACAUACAGAUACUGAAGUGCACCGAAACAGAACUGCUCGGUCAGUUCAUGCAAACGGGCGGCUGGUCACUGGUGCACACGUGGUUGGUUGAUGGAAUUGCUACCAAAAAUUGGCCCCUUAUCCAGGAGCUGAUGGAGCUGCUGCUGUGCUGUCCGGUGGAUGUGGAAAGGCUAAAGAUUAACAGCGCACCCAGACUGGUCAAAUCCUUGUCCACCGACUGUGCUCACGAAAGCGUGAAAGUUCUGGCAACGAAGUUGGUCGAACAGUGGUUGUAUAUUGUGAAAGCACCGAAACAAUCGUCCCCGAUGGUUCCACUCACUCAAUCGGAACUGCCAUCGAUAGCUGGGCUAGCAGCUGAUGGGAAGCAGCAAAAUUCCGACGGAAUUAAUAACGCUUCAAAGCAGCAUGGUAGCGAUACGGGUAACGGAAUGGCGGAUAGUCAUCACAACGGCUACGGCGACCAACAUUCCGUCAACAGUAAUGAGGCAGAGGCACUGGAGGAACAGACCGAGGGCGGCGGCAGGGAAAAUGUAGAUGGUGGUAAAAAAACAUUCCAAACGGCUGGCGGGGGGGAUCUGCAGCAAACGACGGUGGCGAAGAAAACGUCACUCGUGCUGAAGAUUACAACCAAGAACGGAAAGCAGGUGGUGGCGAAGGUGAUAAAAUCAAGCCGAAAGGUUGAACGUGAUGCGCCCGGUACGAACAAGACGGCCGGUAAUUUCCACGACGAAGAAGAUGCGGAAGAGGAGGCAGAGGAUGACGAGGAGGAAGAGGAUCAAGAGGAGGUAUUGGUAAACAUCGAAUCGGGCAAAUCGAAGGACGAAGCGGGUGUCGUCGCCCGAACCGGCAAGGACGAUCAGGUUGAUGCGAAAAAAGCAGUAGAUGUACCGAAUGGGAUAGAUAGUAGUAGUAGUAGUAGCAAGGAAAGAAAUACGUCGUCAUCGUCGUCGAAGGAUAAGGAGCGACACCAUCACUCGCACCGUGACCAUCGGGAAAGGGAGAAGGAUCGGAAGGGUAGCAGCAGCGGUGGUGGAGGCAGCAGCAGUAGCCGAUCGUCUUCUUCCAAAUCGUCCGGCAGCAGCAGUAGCAGCAAGCACAAAUCUUCAAGUAGUAGUAGUAGUAGCAAAAGCGGUAGCUCAAGCUCUAGUCGCUCUAGCAAGGAUAAAGAUCGCCACACUAGCAGCAGCAACAGCAGCAGCAGUAGCAAACACAAAAGCUCCUCGUCGUCGUCCAAGUCAAGCGGCAGCAGCUCCAAGAGCAGCAGUAGCGAUAAACAUCGUGAUUCCAAAGAAAAAUCAAGCCACUCCACAGGUGGCAGCAGCAGCGGCGGAUCGUCUCGCGAUUCCAAGCACCAAUCUCAUACGUCGCGCAAAGACUCGCGUGACGAUGGAGCUGGUGGUGGUUCGAACGAUAGCGGUUCGGAAACGAGCAGCACCACCAACACUAGCGCCAACGGUACAAAGUCAAGCAAAGCUGCCAUCAUUCCGAGCAAGAAAGCAUCGAUCUCGAUCGAGGUGCGCAACCCGGAGAAUCGGCCAAAGACGGUGAAGACGUACAACUCACAGUUUCGCUCGCACGGUCUGAUUGAGGAAGCGCCACCGCCACCAUCGCGCAAGGGCUUGAAGAAGCCUUCGUCCGCGGCUUCACCGGCAGCAACCUCGUCAUCCGCAUCCUCCUCCACGGCAAUCGGUUCAACCGCCAUCGGUACGGUGAAGCGCAGCUCUCCUACACCGGGCUCGGGACGGGACGCACUGUUGACGGGCGCACCGGCAGAGAAGAAGGCGAGGGAAGACCCGGUGGAGCGGCCCGGAUCCAUCAAGCUCAUACCACCGAAACGACAACAUGCUUUGGUUGAGUCGGACAUGUUCAUGGACGCACUGUCCGCAACGCUGCGCAAGGACGUUAAGAAGCGUAAAAGGCGUACGAGCGGCUCGGAAGGCGCUGCUGCUACCACCACCACCACGACUACCAGCACCACCGCGACCGGCAGCAAGCCUGCAGAAGCGACUACCGGCAAUAAACCAUCUUCGGAUGCUGGAUCGCCCACCAAAACAAUCGCUCCGGGCAGUCCGACUGCAGCGACAGUGGAAGAUUCGGCGUCGGAAGCGACCAAACCAACCACACCUACCUCACCGAAAGUCCCGACGAUAGCACCAAUGUCCUUCUAUCGUGACACGCUGGCGGAACAGGACGAGGAAAAUGGAAGCGACCCGGCGGCCAGCACUGAGGAGGACGGAGUGAAGAAGGAGCAAGAGAAGGACAAUGAAAGUAAUGAGGCGGAGGGAAAGAAACUAAAUGCAGACGGAACGGAGGACGACGAUGAAGGGCCAAUAGUGAAGAAGCCCAAGCGAGUCAAGUGUGAACUGAACGAAGACGAUGAGGAAGAAAAUGGCAGUACCGCCGUGGCGGAGAAAAAGACUACCACGGGAAAGAAGGGGUCCUCGGAUGGUGGGGACGACGACGAAAAGACUGAGCUGAUGGACACGGUUAUGAGCGAGGUAGAGAAGAAGAUUGCCGAAGAGGCCGAGGGCGAAAAGAGGGAAAGCUCGGACAAGGACGAAGAAUCCGCGGCGGCCGAUGGUAAGAAACCGCCCGGUCCGGGCUGCGGUCCGGAUGGGCCGCCGGGUGUGCUCGUGAUUCACCGACGCAAGGGUCCGAAGAAACAGCUGCGCUGGCGUGCGGCCGAAGAGCUGGAGGAGGUCCGUUACUUCGAGCUAGACGUAACGGAACGCUGCAACGUGACGAAAUCGUUCACCGACAUGAAGCAGAUGGAACGCGUGGACGAGCGCCAAAAGUUUAUGCUCUCGCGUAAGGUUGGCUCGGAGGACGUCAUGGUGGAGCGGACGCCGUGGCGUCCGCUGCUAAUGGUGGACAAUGUUCCACCUUCCCCGGACGGUACCCAAAGCCUCGAGCGAAACGUUCAACGGCAGCGCGAACGUGGCUGUCUGCAGGCGCUCUACUUCAACAAGCACAUGAUCCCUGACUCACCGUCCGAACCGGAUCCGGCCGAUAUUUACCAGACCGCCGAUCCGGUGCACAUUCCGCUCGAGGACGUUACCGGCAAUCCGGACUCGGUGAACGAUUUCACCAGCGUGCCAUGGCCGGAUCCGAAAUCGACACCGCCGCACGAGUCGGGCGCAUUCAACUCACCAUUCUUUCCCUCCGAUCUGCCACCGGCCGCCGGCUUUGGUCCGGGCGGUUUUCCGCCACCGUUUGCCCCGGGGGCCGCUGCAACGAUUGGGCCCGGCCCGUGGAACAUGGGUCCACCGGGUGGAGCGGCAGGAGCAGGUGCGCGAACUGGUGGAGUUCUUCCGCCGGGCAUGUUUCCCCUCAAUCAACCGCCUCCCGGUAUGGGCGGUGGAGGUGGAAGCCCAAACAUACUGAAUCUACCGAUGAGCAUGUCACCGAAUGUGCCUCCGCCGGGAAUGUUCCCGGGUGCGGCUGCGAACUUUAACGCACCACCGCCCGAGAUAGGACUAAUGGCGGGCGGUGGUGCUGACAUGGGUGGUAGACGGGGUGGACCAGCCGGUGCCGGGGGAGUCGAUUUUCGCAAUGGUCCACCGCCACCGCAGCAAUGGGUAACGGGCAAUCGGCCAUUCACCGCCGGUGGCAAUAAUCCUUCCCGCGGUGGCAAUGCUAGUGGCUUCGGCAACCGUGGCGGCGGCGGAGGCGGCGGCAAUUGGAACAAUCGCAACAACAAUGGCAACAAUGGAAAUCGAAAUAAUGGCGGUGGAGACCGCGGUCGGAUGGGCGACGAUGGGCGAGGCAACUAUCGUGGCCACUGGCUACAGAACAACCGUGGCCACAAUCGAGGCGGUGGCGGACGGAAGUGGUAGCACAGGAAGGGGGAGAAGGACACUAGUUGGGAUAGCGAUGAGGACAGUCCGGAGGAGCGGAUGGAUCUGUCCUGAAGAAGAUGAAGAAGAGGGAGAAGCAAAAAAGAAAAGGCCAUGUGACCGCGCGGCGGCCAGCGCUCUGUUCAUUUCGAUCUCGCACACCUAUAUUUUGUUUUUGUAGAUGUUUCGUAGAAUGAUUUCAUCUGCUCUGGUUAACUUGUUUUAUGGAAUUUAAUUUUAAUGUGCCGUACAUUGCUAAUAGUAGUAGUAGGACAUAGUGGUAACUAGCAGUAGCAGGAGGUGGAAGUGCAAACAGUGAUUUAGCGCCACUCGAAUGGAGGCGCGUGAUGGAAUAAAACCACAUGAAGUGUACAUAUUGUGAGCGAGAACGACACAGAAAUUAAGCAAAUGCAUCGUGGUUCGUUAUGAGUUUGUUUCCGGUAGCUUUUGAGUGUAUUGAAGAAGAUUGCGUGCGGUGCUUGUUGAAAGCAUUUAAACUAGUUGUACAGACCAUCAGCAUAGAUUACACAUUACCUUUGUUUUCGAUUUGCUCAGCAUCGCGAUGGUGAAAGGAAUCAAAUAAACCUAGGAGAAAGCGUUGCUGAUCGCUUUUGACAAAAGUACAUUAAACAAAGUGUGGUUUAUACGCUUCUAGUGCUAUAAUGAUCAUAAUCCGAUAACGCUAUACUUUCGAAGAAUCUUAAAAGGGAUGGUUUUUUUUUCUUAGUUACUACAACGUAGGUUAUAGGUGUACGAUUGAGAUGCAUUGAACGAUCGGGGUUGGCCCAACUUAAUUAGGAUAGAAAGGCCGCAAACGUAUGCCUUAUACUUUGAACUAUGAACACAAGAAGCAAUGGAUGAGCUACUAGAAGCGAUUUAGCAAAUAAUGUAUAGCGCAUAACGUAAUCUCUUGAAAGGAAUGUAUUUGCUUUGUAACCUACCCAAUUUCAUAUGCGAGUGAAUAAUAAAUGUGAAUAACAGAA